AUGCAGUUCCUUAACGUUAUCCAGACACCAGUACUUAAGGAUACUGCACAGUGCGUAGAUCUCAUUCGCCUUGGUGAAAAUCUUAAAGAAUGCGGUGGUUUGCCAACCCCACUAGUCGGUGGAACUGGUCAGCUGUUUUCCUUUCGAAGGUCUUGCGUGGUGUACUUGGAACAAUAUCGAGGCUUGGCGAGGAGAGAGGAGGAGUUUGAUGGGAUAUGCAUGGUAUCAAAGACCUCGAACCAUUUUCAGGCCUUAGGGGACGAGAGACGACAAAAGACGAGUUCGUCGAAACGUCAGGCCAAUAAAAAAAGUUCCACCUAA